AUGGAAAAUGAAACUAGCGUAGUAACAAGCAGCAAUUUCCUCAACUUUAAUCAUCUGGUUGCAGGCUCCAUAAAAGCUAUUGGAAGAAUAGUACUACCCAGUUGUGCCAUAAUGCCUUCUUGGUGUGAAUGUACCAGAUGUCAGUUGAAAACAUUGUUCGUUGAACAUGUGCAGGGAAUGAUGUUAGCUGCAGCCUGUUGUGUAUCAGCUGAUGAAGAGGAAGGAUCUUUUGAGCCUUCUAUUAUUUCCCCCAAAGAUGAUGUCUCACAAACCGGCGUUUUGUUUCCGGGCAUUACAGUGGACUGUUUACCUGAUGAGGUCUUGGUGAAAGUGUUCUCGUACCUGCCAGCUGAGGAUCUUGCAUGGGAAAUUCCUAAAGUGUGCAAGCGAUGGGCACGAGUUUCAGAAGAUUCAGAAGUAUGGAGGAAUAAGAUCUAUGAACCAGCUUCGUUUACUCAUUACCUUAGCGUAGCGGAUUGCUUGCGUCGCGUUCCCAAACUUGAAGGCCUCAGCAUCUCCCAUUCCGCCCCAAUGGAGACCGUGAGAAAUGUUUGCAAGUAUCUUAACAUGUAUUCCCAUAAUAUUAAGUACUUGUCCUUGCCAGUUGAAGUAAGCAAGCGUUUCCCCCUAAAGAGCGUAAUGCCUAAGAAAUUAGCUUGUCUUGUGACAUUGAAUCUUAGAUUUUGUGAAAGUUUUGUGGUUAGUCAGUUUUUGGACCUUUAUUCUGCACAAAUUGUUACGUGUGUGGGUCUGUGUCAAAAUUUACAAUCUCUGACUCUUGGCGGACUAAUAUCAUGUGAUGCUGUUGCCUUUAAAGCUAUAGCAGUUGGUUGUGCCAAACUUCAAAUACUGGAUGUCAAAGCCUGUGAGAUGAAUGCUCAUGGGGGAUUAAAAUGCUUGUUAAAAAGGGAAAAUGACACAAUAAUUUCAUUGGGUCUGUCCUGGAGUUUACAGAAUAACAAGAGGACCCUGCCCCUGAUUGCUAAAUAUUGUCAUAAGUUACAAAAAUUAAGCAUUAUUGAACCUGUAGGGAGAUAUCAUUUUCAACCACCUUACAAUGUGACAUCAUAUGAUGUCGCAGCAUUGAGGCAUAUGACUCAUCUAAAAGAGCUAACAUUGCGGCGCAUAAAAGGUAACAUUCUGGAAGAAUUUAUAGAACUAAUUGUGAGUGGUCUUUUUAAGAACUUAGAGAAACUAGAUUUCAGUUACAACUUGUGGGUAACUAAUAUUUUUCUGGUAUAUAUUUUCAGAAAUUGCCCAAAUUUGAAGUCUCUGCACUUUCGAUGUUGUUGUGGAUUGACUAGUGAUGCUUUUCCUUCUAUUGCUCUUUUGAGACACUUGGAGUAUUUAAAUUUAGAAGGGUGUGAACGUCUUAGAGAUGAAGCAAUAUUUCAUAUUGUCAAAUGUAGAAAACUGAGGUAUUUAAAUGUAAACAGAAUUUUUGCAUUUACCAGGCUUAGUUUAAAUUAUUGUAGCGAGUUUCUCAAGUAUCUAGAAGAAUUGCAUAUCAUGUUGCGUCCUGUGUAUGAUGAGGAUUUAAAGAAAAUUCCCUGCCGACUUCGUCUAUUUUUGAAUCAUAUGACUGAUCGGUGA